GUCUGACAUGAGCCAUGGAGCGCGUCGGAUCGCUGGUCCGUCUCGGGAACUUUUCAGACGUGUACACCGAAGAGCUAAAGAUCGCCAACUUCCACGACCCUCCGUUCCUCUAUGUCGAGAAGAUAGGUGAGGGCCGCUAUAACUACAGCGGCUACCUGCUGGACCUGUGGGACGUCAUGUGCCGCGAACUGAACGUGACGUACCGCAUGCUGCCCCCCUCGCCCGGCGGAUUCGGCGCCCUGCUGACCAACGGCACCUGGACGGGCAUGGUGGGGGAGGUGGUCAGCCAGCGCGCGGACGUGGCGCUCUCGUGGCUGCACUACCGGCGGGACCGGGCCGCCGUCCUCGAGUACCUGGACAUGGUGCCCGUCUUCAGCGCCAGCUACGACUUCUUCCUUCGCGCCGGCGAGCGGGACGCGCCGCAGCUGAGCGGCGACGUGUUCUCCUCACUGCUGCGGCCGCUGCACACGAACGUCUGGCUCCUGCUCCUGCUGAGUAUGCUGGUGCUGUCUGUGGGCCUGACGCUGACGGUCCGUCUCAAUCGGGGCCGCGGGGAGACGGAGAGCACGUGCCGCCAGUUCUCUCUGGGCUCCAGCGUCCUGGCCAUCUUCAUGACCGUCACCGGCCAGGGCUGGUCCGUUCUGCCGGCCUGCCUCUCGGCACGGACCGUCACCAUCUCCAGCUGGGUCCUGGGUAUUUUGAUCAGUAUCAACUACACGGCCAACCUGAUGUCGUUUCUGACAGUCAGUCGGCCGGAGGCUCCCAUCAGCAGCCUGGACGAGUUUUCCGCCCGGGACGACUGGACGUUCGCGAUGGAGAGCGGUGUGGGCAUCAUAGGGGAUUGGGCGAAGAGUGCCUCGGCCAGUGAGCGCCACCUAUACCGUCGCGUGGUGACCGGCGAGCGGUUCCUCGCCCUGAACGGCACCCCGGAGGUCAUGGCGCGCGCCGCGCGGCCCAACACGCUCCUCUACUACAACAUGCCGAUGCUGUUCAAGUGGCUGGAGGAGGACGCGUGCCACCUGCUUCCGCUGCGGAAGAAGCACCCCCACCGCCGGGAGGAGCCCAACUACCUGGUUCUGCGCAGGGGACUGGGCGCGCUCAGAAACAGGAUGAACAAACUUCUGCAGCGUCUGCUGCAGUCCGGCGCCGUGGACCGCCUGCGGCGCCGCUGGUUCGGCCACGGCCGCCGCCUCUGCGCCGCCGUGGCCGCCGUGCGGCCGCUGACGCUGGCCGACCUGGCCGCCGUGCUGGCGGUCACGCCGCUGGCCGCCGCCGCCGGCUGCCUGCUGCUGGGCGUGGAGCUGCUGGUCAGGCGGCUGAGCAGACGGCGGGACCAGCAGCGGCGGCAGGGGGCUCUGGGGGAGGGGGAGGUCUGCGACAGCGUCCGGGGUAGGGAGUGGUAGGGGCAAACUGAAGACGGACACUUUUUGUGAUGCUUGAGUCGACCGAUUAGUUUGUAUUACAUGCAUAACAUGUGAGAGAAGAAAAUGUAAAACACUGGUUGCAGAGACAUUGUGAUUGAACGGGGUCGCCCUGCCCCCUAGGUCGAUUGCCCCGACACCUGGUGGCCAACUGACCACGGCUAUUGAAGCGGCGAAAGGGGUGCUACUGACGGGGUCUGUACCUUCAUAGCAUAGUAUAGUAUCUAUGACCGUGCUUCAUAGUUUUUAUGUCCUUAGGUGAUUGCCUAACUCAUCAUUAUUUUCGUCUGAUAACAAAUAUACCUGAAAAUCAC